AAAUUUAUUAAACAAUACUGGUGUCUGGUUUCUGAAAUGAUAGCAGAGCAUUAGCUCCUCCAUUUCUCCGGUGUCUUCCCUCUUGUCGCCGACUCAAUUCUUCUGGUGACUGGAUUCCGGCUUUGAAUUCCUUGUCCAUCUCAAACCAGAGCAAAGUAAAGAACAAAGGAUGCUUGGAGCUGCAAGGCAAAAGAUGUUGGGGCAGUCCCUGCAGAGGAUAAGACCUAUGGAGAAGGUGUUUAGAAGUUACUCUUCUGCUGCAAAACAGAUGACAGUAAGAGAGGCUUUAAAUUCUGCACUAGAUGAGGAAAUGUCAGCUGAUCCUAAAGUCUUUUUAAUGGGAGAAGAGGUUGGGGAGUAUCAGGGUGCAUACAAGAUAUCCAAAGGGCUUUUGGACAAGUAUGGACCUGAAAGAGUUCUUGAUACUCCGAUCACUGAGGCUGGUUUUACUGGGAUUGGGGUUGGUGCUGCAUACUAUGGUUUGAGGCCUGUAAUAGAGUUUAUGACAUUUAACUUUGCAAUGCAGGCAAUUGACCACAUUAUCAAUUCUGCUGCAAAGUCAAACUACAUGUCUGCUGGCCAGAUGACCGUGCCCAUUGUUUUUCGAGGACCUAAUGGAGCAGCUGCUGGAGUUGGUGCCCAACACUCUCAAUGUUAUGCUGCAUGGUAUGGGUCAUGCCCGGGGUUGAAAGUUUUGUCUCCAUACUCUUCUGAAGAUGCUCGUGGACUGCUCAAAGCUGCUAUUAGGGACCCUGAUCCAGUUGUUUUCCUUGAAAAUGAGUUAAUAUAUGGUGAGUCAUUCCCUGUUUCUUCUGAAGCUCUUGAUUCCAGUUUUUGCCUUCCAAUAGGGAAAGCUAAGAUAGAGAGAGAAGGGAAGGAUGUGACCAUCACAGCUUUUUCAAAGAUGGUGGGCUUUUCUCUCAAGGCUGCUGAAAUACUCGAAAAGGAAGGGAUAAGUGCUGAGGUUAUAAAUUUGCGCUCAAUCAGGCCGCUAGAUAGAUCCACAAUCAAUGCUUCUGUUAGGAAAACCAAUAGGCUUGUAACAGUUGAAGAAGGGUUUCCUCAACAUGGUGUUGGUGCAGAAAUCUGUGCAACUGUUGUGGAGGAUAGUUUUGGUUAUCUUGACGCACCAGUAGAGAGAAUUGCUGGGGCUGAUGUUCCCAUGCCAUAUGCAGCCAAUCUUGAGAGAAUGGCUGUCCCACAGGUUGAAGAUAUUGUUCGUGCUGCAAAGAGAGCAUGUUACAGAUAUGUGUCAACAGCUGCAGCUGCAUAAGUUAACUGAUUCAGCCGAGAAAGCUUUUUAACAUACAGGAAUUAUCUGGAUGGUAGUUUCUUAUUUCCUUCUCAAGUCUUUUGGCUAGGAGCUGGUUCAUCGAAUAACCAUGAGAUCAUUGAUGAUGACAUGGAAUUUCUGAUUUAUUUUGAUAUUUGAAGAUAACCCACCGAAGACGUUGGAGCUAGGAUUUAUCAUGAAACUGUGUAGUGUAUGCCUUCAUACCUGUGUGUCAUAGUAUAUGUCCCAAACCAAUGAUUUUUCAAUUUUGGAUGCAUUGAUUAUUUGCUUCUUUUUAUUUUUAUUUAUCAGCCAUUGAUUAUUUAGUUUGAUUGUUGUGAAUGCUGACAUAGGGUCGUUGCGACCCUAUCAUGAAG